AUGAAUGAAGAACAGCAGGAUUCGGAACAAGAAUCUCAAGCCCGAUCAAUUAUGACAGAUGCGAGAAAGAUGAAAAGCAAAAGAGAAGAAAUAGUGACAGAUCACAUUCUUCAGAUCGCUCAAUAUGCGGCCGCCAUUAAGCUGGAUCAAACUGUAACAGAACGCGCUCAGACAAUUUACAGAGAUUUAUCUGAGAAAACAGUGUUGAGGAAAGUUAAAAUGUGUGCCCUUCACCUCGCUUGCAUCUACAUCGCCGCCAAACAACUUCACAGAAUGAAGACAAUGGAGAAAUUAGCAGCCUCUGUUAAAGAUUUUCAGAUUGUGCGCAAAGCUGACAUUUAUAAGGCAAUGCGAUACAUUAAAAAAUAUACACCAGAGGCCACUUCUGCUACCAAUUUAUCAGUCGGCAGCCGCUCUUCCGCUGAUGAGGAGAAAGAAAUUGAUAAAUUUGUAGGCAGCGAAUCGGUUAGGGCUUAUCUGGCUCGCCUUUCACAGCUUCUGAAAUCUUCAAAUUUGGUGGAGUAUGAGAUGAUUAACUGUGCAGAGAAAAUGGCGGCCGAGGCGGCUCAAAAUUUGGGGGUUUGUACUACGAGAGCCGGGCCUCACACUCAGGCAGCGACUUUGCUGUGGAUUUGUUCGCAUUUUGUUGAGAAGAAAGAAGCAGUGGAUGUAAAUUUGGUGGCUCAGCAUUCUGUGGGAAAAUACACCAUUCGUAACGCUUUCUAUGAUAUGCUUCCUCAUUUGCCGGCAUGGGUUCCGCAGAAUUAG